CCACACUUCUCCCUCACCUCGUCGCCGUGGCUGGAAUCUGCAGUAUCAUGAACGCUGUGUGCAGUAUAUGUCUCGACGCGCUGAACGAGGAGAUCAUCCCCGUCGCCACUCGCUGUGGUCACCUCUAUUGCAAGGAUUGUGCCGAUUUCAACUUCGCACGGCAGGGCGCGACGUGCGCGAUAUGCAGGCAGGCGCAAUCGCAUGAUAGCCUCAUCAAGCUGUACCCCGAUUACGAGCAGCCAGAAAGCUCGCACAGGGCCGAUCAACAGCCAACGAGUGCCACUCCGAGGCAGGAGUCUCCAGACGCGACCCUACAUAGCACGGAGCUCUGGGGUGAUCGAACGCUCGUAGAUGGCAUCCUAAAAGGGGCAGAUGAUAUCGCACUCAUGGAAUAUAUCCCUGAGCACGAGCGACGUGUAGACCUCGGGAAUACUCUCAGAUCUGUCAGAAAGACACUCCAAACUGUAUACUCCAACGUAGAUCGCUCAGACCGUAUCGCGCGCAUAGAGUCAGAGAUACGACGCCUCAAACGGGAACAUGCCCGUAGCAAUGACGCUAAAAAGGAGCUACCGCGACUAUGGCGUCACGGGCGGAAGGCAGCGGCGGCUCAGCUCGAGAGGGAACGCGAGGACUUCCAGACGGUGGUCUAUCAGAUGCGCGCUAAGCUACAAAGGCUUGAAGACGACCUGAGAACUACCCAAGACGAGCUACGGGGGUGCGAAGAGACCCUCGCAAUAGUAGACAAGGAGAUGAAGAUGUGGCGCAGCAGCGCUACGAGGCACAAGAAGAAGUUUCACGCUCUGAAAGCGCAACUAGCGGCACAUAGCAAACAAUAUGAUACAGAUGACUCGCUUGAGAUCGUAUGACAAUUCUAUUUUCAAGUGAUCUCGCCAUGUAUUGUUAAGUCACUAAUUCAUGGCCUGAACGCAGGACCGCAGUUGGGUACGUCGGUCAAAAUAACCCUAUUGUGACCGCACAACUUUCAAUCCACUUGCCCUGCUGCACACCCUAGCUAUGUGAAUUGUCAACGCUCCGAUCAACGUUCCCGACAUC